AUGUCCGAGUCGCUAGCUCUGCCGAACGAUUUUGAAUGGGGCUUCGCUACGGCGGCCUACCAGAUCGAGGGAGCUGUCAAGGAAGCCGGCCGUGGGCCUUCCAUCUGGGACACGUACUGCCACCUGGAGCCCUCGCGCACAAAUGGCGCCAACGGUGAUGUUGCCUGCGAUCACUAUCACCGCUACGACGAGGACUUUGACCUCUUGACCAAGUACGGUGCCAAGGCCUACCGUUUCUCUCUGUCUUGGUCUCGUAUCAUCCCUCUUGGCGGCCGGUUAGAUGCCGUCAACGAGGAAGGCAUAGAGUUUUACAGCAACUUGAUCGAUGCCUUGUUGAGGAGGGGAAUCACGCCGUGGGUGACUCUGUACCACUGGGAUCUGCCACAGGCGCUUCACGAUAGGUAUGGCGGUUGGUUGAAUGUGGAAGAGGUGCAGCUGGACUUUGAGCGGUAUGCUCGGCUGUGCUUUGAGCGAUUUGGAGACCGAGUGAAGAACUGGAUCACCAUCAACGAGCCAUGGAUCCAGUCCAUCUAUGGCUAUGCCACCGGCAGCAACGCCCCUGGCAGGAGCAGCGUAAAUAAGCACUCCACUGAAGGCGAUACAGCCACUGAGCCAUGGCUCGCAGGAAAAGCUCAAAUCAUGAGCCAUGCUCGCGCUGUGGCCGUCUACAACCUAGACUUUCGCGCCACCCAAAAGGGGCAAAUAGGCAUCUCUCUCAAUGGUGACUACUACGAGCCUUGGGACGUCAACGAGCCCAGAGAUAAGGAGGCUGCGGAGCGACGGAUGGAAUUCCACAUUGGAUGGUUUGCGAAUCCCAUCUUUUUAAAGAAGGACUAUCCUGCCAGCAUGAAGAAGCAACUGGGCAACAGAUUGCCGGCCCUUACUCCUGCUGACUUUGCCAUCCUCAAGGCCGGAGAAACUGAUUUCUAUGGUAUGAACUACUACACCUCUCAGUUUGCCCGCCAUCUCGACGGCCCCGUCCCUGAGACGGACUUCCUCGGUGCCGUCCACGAGCAUCAGGAGGACAAGGCAGGAAGUCCUGCUGGAGAAGAGAGCGGUAUCCACUGGCUGCGGUCUUGCCCGGACAUGUUCCGCAAGCAUCUCGCCAGAGUGUACGGCCUCUACGGCAAGCCCAUUUACAUCACUGAGAAUGGAUGCCCUUGCCCCGGCGAAGACAAGAUGACUUGCGAGGAGGCGGUCAACGACCCCUUCCGCAUUCGAUACUUUGACUCGCACUUGGACUCUAUAUCGAAAGCCAUCACGCAAGAUGGCGUGACAGUCAAGGGAUAUUUCGCAUGGGCUCUGCUCGACAACCUGGAAUGGUCAGACGGCUACGGCCCCCGCUUUGGCGUCACUUACACCGAUUACAAAACCCUCAAGCGCACGCCCAAGAAAUCCGCGCUGGUGCUAAAGGACAUGUUUGCUGAUAGGCAGAGGGUUAAAGUAGCCGCUUGA